AGGGUGGGGAGGGCCGGGGGCGGAGCCUGCGGCGCGCGGCUCGCACCGGGCCGACAUAGGAGCGCCGGCAGACGGGUAGCUAUACCUGCGGCAGAUCUUCGCCAGCAGCGGCGGUGAGCGCACCAGGCACCGACAGCCGGCCACACUUACGACAGUACGCGGUUCGACACGCGCCAGAGAUGGACCUUCCGCCCGCCUACGGGGACACCAGCGUUCAGCUGGCGAUGGGCGAGGAUAAGCCCAUAGUGGACGAUGACCCGUGGGCUCUGCCGGAGCUUCAGCCCACAGGAAAGCCCUGGGCCGAUAUGACGACCAGUGAGAGGGUGCAGCGCGUUGUCAUCAACAUCGUCAAGAUUAUAACACUGCUGAGCCUGUUGUAUCUCUUCAUCUGUUCGCUGGACUUCCUCUCUCAGGCCUUCAGACUGGUCGGAGGACGCACUGCCAGUCAGGUCUUCUCCUCGAGCGAGCUGCUGACAAACCCCGUGGUGGGUCUCAUGAUGGGCUGCUUGGUGACGGUGCUGGUACAGAGCAGCAGCACAUCCACCUCCAUUAUCGUCUCCAUGGUCGCCUCAGGACUGCUGCAGGUGCGCACGUGCAUCCCGAUGAUAAUGGGCGCCAACAUCGGCACCAGCAUUACCAACACCAUCGUCUCGCUGACGCAGGUGGCGGACCGUAAUGAGUUUCGCCGGGCCUUUGGCGGCGCCACCGUUCACGACAUGUUCAACUGGCUGGCCGUCCUCAGUCUGCUGCCGCUGGAGCUUAUCAUUCAGGCCAUUAACCCGUCAGGUCAAGGUUACCUGGAGCUGAUGACUGACGCUAUCCUGAACUCAGUCAACCUGGACACAGCCAAGGGCCACAAGCUGAAACUACUGAAGGUCAUCACCUCGCCUUUCACGUCCCUUGUCAUCAAGACAGAUAAGAAGGUGCUGACUGGCUGGGCGCUGAACGAUUCGCGCUACUUUGACGCCUCGCUGGUGAAACACUAUUGCAAGUACGAGACGACCACGGUGCUCGGCGUGAAUAACGUCACGGAGACGGUCAAGGUGCCGCUGGAACGAUGUCACUCGCUGUUCAGUCUGACAGACCUGCCGGACCUGUACGUCGGCCUCAUCCUCCUGGUGAUUGCGCUCGUCCUGCUCUGCGGCUGUCUCGUGCUUAUGGUGAAGAUCCUGCACACGCUACUCAAGGGCAGCAUCGCUGUCGUGAUCCGCAAGACGCUCAACGCCAACAUCCCGUACAUGCCGUGGCUGACCGGCUACCUGGCCAUCCUGGUGGGCUGCGGCAUGACCAUCCUGGUGCAGUCCUCCUCCGUCUUCACCUCGGCCAUGACGCCGCUGGUCGGCGUGGGCGUCAUCUCCUUGGACAGGAUGUACCCGUUGACGCUCGGCUCCAACAUUGGUACGACGACCACGGCCAUCCUGGCGGCGCUGGCAGCCUCAGGGGACACACUCCGACCCAGCAUUCAGAUCGCGCUGGUGCACUUUUUCUUCAACAUCUCGGGCAUCUUGCUCUUCUACGUGCUGCCGUUCAUGCGCUGGCCGAUCCCGCUGGCGCGCGGCCUGGGUAAUAUAACGGCCGACUACCGCUGGUUCGCCGUCGCCUACCUGCUGGGCAUGUUCCUGCUGCUGCCGCUGGUCGUGUUCGGUCUCUCGCUGGCUGGCGCCGUGGUGCUGUACGUGGUGCUGGCGCUGGUGGCGGUGCUGGCGCUAGCCGUCGGCCUGCUGAACCUGCUGCAGCGGCGCGCUCCUCGCCUGCUGCCGGACGCGCUGCGCACCUGGGAGUUCCUGCCGGAGCCGCUGCGCAGUCUGGCGCCGUACGACCGGCUGGUGUCGGCGCUGACGGCCCGCUGUCGCUGCUGCCGUUCCGCCCAGGCCGACGACUCGGCACCAGAGAAGUCGGCCGACGCGACGCUGCAGUUCAACGGUAAGCCGACGGGCAACGGGUUCGACAACCCGGCCCUGGAGAUGGACGUUCAGCCAGUCAGCUACAGCUCCCGCAGCGUCGACUAGCGGGGUCGGCCGCCGCCGCCGACACAGCUGCGGGGCGGCGGAGCAGCAGCGCCUGUGCCCGGGCGACGUGCGCUCAGCAGGACGGCCGCGGUGUCAGUCCAGACCGCAAGAAGUGGUGAAUGCUCAGGAACAACGGCGGAGGAUGGCCCGCUCGGAGGCGCUGCGCACGGUACCGCCGGCACUAGGCUUGUAGACGCCGGCUCAUGUAGGCUUAAGGCUAGCCUGUAGCUGCGAGUGACUAGCCGGCGAGUUUGUCUUUAUUUGUGCUUUGAAGUGUUUAUUUAAUCAUCAUGAAUUCAUGAGGGGGCGAGGCGUACAGAAACCAUGUGAAAGACUAUCGAUGCACGUAUAUCGCAGCUAGUGCGAGAUCACUUAGUGGACUUUCGCCAACAUGAGGCCUAAACAUACGCAUAAGACGCAAAACACUGCCAAUAAUAAUGCACUGUUGGGACAAGGGGCGACGAAUAUUGCCAUGACCCCAAAUGCCUAGAGGCAUAGCCUCGGCUCUUAAAUCUAAACUUCGCUCCAUCGAUUCCAUUAGAGACACUGUGCUGAUUCCGUCACUGAGACACUUCGAUUCUAACACUGUGUCACCGCCAUAAUACGUCACUGAUUCUGAUUAUUCAGUAUUCACAUGGUGAUUCCGUAACUGUGAUCCGUUCGCUUUUGCCGUUGUGUGCGCCACUUCCAGUAACGUACAGGGCCCGCGCAGAAGAUGCCGGUCCGGCCGGACCCAGACAAGAGGUGCAGGUGGACGGAAUGGGAGCUAGCGCCUCACUUGGCACUCCUGGUGCUGAUCUGUGGCGUUCGUUCGAUAGGCAGCUACACUACGUGCAAUGUGUGUUGAUGAAAUUUCAACAAAAUGUGAUGCCAUUGUCAGGACUGGUGCGGUGAGUGAUUAUUUAUUCCUGGUUUAAAGUGAAAAUAGUGUGUUUGUUCUUAUCACAGUGCAGUUAAUGGGUGUCAUACUCAUAAGCUUUUCCAUUUGCUUCUGUCGUAUCCGAAUAAACUUCCGAAUAAACGAAUAAAGUUUC